AUGGCAGGGGGAUCUGGCCCACGCACAUCCAGCCUGGGUGCCCUCGUACCCACCACAGCCACAAGCUUGCUCCUUCUGGCGGCCUUUAUAAACCAAGGAGUGAUCGGUGAGUCUCGAGGGCUCACAUGGGUCAUAGCCCUCCUGACCCUGGCUUCACAGCUGGCAUACACCACCAACGUGCCCGCCCUGGAGACAGUACUUCGCCUGCUCGGCCUCACGCGCGUGACUGGAGCCCGGGGCCUCUUCCAGGCCACAGCACCCAUUGUGCUGACCCUUACGGCCUCCUGGCUCCAGCUGAAGUCGCUCAACGCCCUGCAGUCCUCGAUGCUCUACGCCGGCGCCAUCCUCCUGCUCCACUACGCCUGGCAGCUGGGCCUGCACCGCAUCGCCGCCCUGGGAAGCAUGGCCCAGCUCUUGGGCGUCGUCGACGUCGGCGCCUGGGGGGAGCUGGGCGCCGCGACGCGCCUGCGCUGCCUGGCGCUGCUCGCGCUCUUUGCGGCGGCGGGUGCCGUGGCGCUGCAGCGGGGGUCUGGAAAUGGCGGCGACGGGGGCCAGCGCCGGGGCAGUACCGUGCUGCGCGCGCUGGGCCGGGUCCUGCCCACCACCUCCGUCGCCGUGGCGCACCUGCUUGUGGGGCUCGUGGCCCGCCCCGCGGUCCUUUCCUCGGCGCUCGUGGGGCUGGCCCUGGUCCAGCCCUCCCUGGCAGGCGCAGCCUUCCUGCUGGCCAGCCUGCCCGGACUGAUCGCAGACGCGCCACACGCCAGCCCCGGGCCACUGGCAGCGCUGGCGCUGGGCCUGCAGGCCUGGGCGGCGGUCUGCCACGUCGCCACCUCCCUCCUCCCGCUCCUGGACGUGGGUCGCAUCCCGCGCCUGCUGGGCGUGAUCCCCUUGACCCCGGAGGGGCACGCUGCCGGGUUCUGCGUGGGCGUGUCGCGCUACGACCUCGCCCACGCGCUGUACCUGCUGGCGCUGCCGCUGCUCGUCCUGGCGGCGCUGGCGGCAGCGCACGACGCGCUCGGGCGACGGGUGGAGGCGUCGAGGGACCCCGGGGGGGGACCGCCCCGGUCCCUGCUCCUCGACUGGCAGUACCCGGGCACGGCCUGGCUGUCCCACGCGGCAGUGGCCUACGGCCCCGCACUCGUGUGCCUGGCGGUCUACAUCCUCCUGUUGGUCGACUGCGACCUCUCACUCCUGGGCCUCCUGUACCUCUGCAUCGGCCUCUCCGUCCUGGUGUGGCAGCCGCGGAAGGGGCGCUGGGUCAAGGCCGGCCCCGACCUGGUGCUAGACGGGUCCCCCCUCCCACGGUGGGUCCCGCUGGCACUGCUGGCGCUGCUGGCGCUGGCCGACGCGCUGUGCCAGCUGGCGGUGCGCGCCGUGCUGGCGGCGCCCUGGUGGCACGUGCCCAAGGACUGGGCCGCCUUCGCCCGCGACGUGCUGGGCAUCGCCACACAUCCGAGCCGGCGCGAACUGGCGGCGCGCCUGCUGCGCCCGCUGGCCGUGCUGGCCUGCCUGGCCGUCUACCGCUGGCUGUUCGCGCUGGGCACGCUGCGCCGUCAGCUGGAGGGCCAGGUGCUGGGGCCGGAGGGGGUGGAGCGGGAGCGGCUGACCGCACAGUACGGGCUGCUGGGCUUCCUCAAGCGCCUGCUCAUUCUCCACGCCUCCAAGCUCAUCGUGGUGGCCUGCUUUGCGGCCUCCAUGCAGCUGCCGGGGGCCAUCGGGGCGCUCAUCAUCUGUGGGGUGGUGGCCAUCCCACCCCUCCUCUGGGCGCAGCGCCUGGCGCCGGGCGAGACGGCCCGAAUGUACCGCACCCUGCUGGCGAUACAGCUUGUCGCGGGCGCCUGGACCAUCCUGCAGUACUCGGUGGAAAUCGCCUGGGUCCAGGGCCUGAUUGACCUGCACAGCCUGCGGGCCUGGGUGGCCUGGCUGGGCCUGGAGGCUGGGGACCCCAGCCAACACGACACCGGCCACCUGCAGCGCCUGCUCGCCUGGAAGGUGCUGGUGCUGGUGACCGUCGCUGCCAAGCGGCGCUCCCUCAAGUGGAAGAGCCAGCUGCCUGCAGCAGUGAGGAGCUCGAGGGUGGCCGGCGCGGCCUGCCCGCUCUUCUGGCCCCCCACGCCCGAGGACAGCCUGCGCCCAGGCCUGGACCCGCGCGAGGAGCCGCGCCUCAGCCGCCGCGCGGCGGGCCUGCUCUCGCCCCGCGCCUUCCUGGCGGAGGGCACCGCGGUGUCCUCCCUGGCGGGCAGCGCGCGCGCGGCCGCUGCAGAGGCGCGCGCGACGCUGCGCCGCUGGGCGCGCUCCGCGCUGGACGCGCUGGACUGGCCGCGCCCGGCCCCGCUCGAGGCGAGCGCAGGGCAGUGGCGUGCCUUCCGCUUCGCGCUCCAGGACUGGCUGGAGAGCUCCUGGCAGCGCUGGAACAUGGACCUGUGCCUCCUCCUCCUCCUCCUCACCGCCUUCCAGGCCACCACGGCCCUGGCCCUGGUCCACGUCGCCCUGCUGGGGUUGGUCAUGGCCCUGGCGCCCGCCCGCCGCACGCAGGCCUGCCGCUGGGUCCUGGUCCCGGCCCUGGGCGUCAUGCUCGCCGGCCAGUACUCUGUCCUGGUGGGCCUGCCACCGCCGCUGCCUGUCCUAAAGGGCGCCAAUGACGCGCGGCACGACCUCCUGGUCUGGCUUGGCCUGAAGGACGUGAGCCGCAGCGCCCUGUGGCUCCUCUUCCUGGCCUACAGCACGGCGGUGCUGCAGAUGCGGCACUACCUGGAGUUCCUGCUGGUCGCGGUGGUGGCGCUGUGUACGCUGGAAAACGACGUCAUCCACGCCGGCUACCUGGCGCUGGCCCUCCUCUUCUUCCGGCAGCGCAUCGCCCUGCGUGCUGCACCUGGGAGGCUCUUCUGGUGGCUGCCCCUGUACAACAUGGCCGUCCUUGUCAUCACGCUUAUCUACCAGAUCCCUUUUGAGACCUGGUUCAGCUGGCAAAUCGACCCUGACGUGCAGGCCUGCAACCUGGCCCACCUCCUGGGUCUUUACAAGACCAGCGUGGGGGGCUCGCUCCUGGGCGGCGGCUACCGCGGCGCCGCCGCGGACGUCGUGCUCUGGGUCCUCAUCCGUUUCCAGACACACCUCUUUGCGACGACGACAUACCAGAAGGUAAUGUUCGUGGUAGCAGAGGAGGAAAAACGUCACCAGCAGACGCUGAGUGAUGAGGAGGCUGCCUGGAAGCUGCGCCAGGCGGCCGCCGCCGUGGAGGCUAGCCGCCAGCGCGCCGCACGAGCGCAGAGGGUGGCGCGACUCAAGGCACGGCGAAAGGAGCAACUGCCCGGCCCAGCCCUGGGCAGUCGCCCCGCCCACACCCCGGCCACCGACUACGAGCGCGAGCUGUCGGCGGUGGAGGAGGAGGAGGCCAGGGCGUGUGGGAUGGCUGUCGAUCGCCGGGGUUCUCCCGGCGCGGGCCAGGGGACGGCGUCGGAGUCGGCGGCGGGCACGGCAGCCGCAGCCUCGCAGCCUGUAAGUCUGCUGCACCGGGCACUGCAGCACUUGCGGCACCGCCUGCGCCGCCUGGACCGGGAGUCGGUGGUCGCCUACCUCGCGUACGUGGCCGUCUUCGUGGCCGACUACUCCCUCCUGGCCCUCUUCUUCCCGCUCUCCAUGUUUGUCUACGCGCUCUGCUCCGUCAAGCCCACGCCGCGCUACUGGAGGGUGACGCUGGUGUACAGCGAGCUCCUCAUCAUCGUGCAGUAUGCCUACCAGAUUCCCACCCGCCUGGGCUGCUCCUUUGUGACCCCGCAGCUCCAGUUCACUAUGGAGGUGAUUGGCAUCCAUGCCAGCUCUGUGGCCUGCAUCCCCCUCUUUGUUGUGUACCUGGUCACCCUGAUGCACAGCUACACACUGACCACACGCCAUGGGCUCAGUCCCUCCAUACUCGGCGGCCACGUGGAUGGACGUGGGAGUGUCGGCGCCACAGAACAAGCCCCACCUCCACCCGUCUGCGUGGUGUCUCGCGCGGAGGGCAAGGCUCCGCACACUUCCACGGACCUGGAGGCCGGCGGCACGGUGGGCGCAAGGGGCGAGACCCCUGCGCAGGCCCCCGACACCUCCACCCCAGGCCAAUCGCCCUCUGCCUGGGGCCACCUGAGGCUGGCGGCUACCUCCGCGGCGGCCUGCCUGGCCGAGUUCGCGCUGCAGGCCUGCACAGUGUGCGAGCGCCCGCCGCACCACGUCAUCGUGCAGCUGCGCGUGCCACGCGCGCUGCGCGUGGGCCGGGAGGAAAGCGAGAGCGCGGAUGACGCGGCAGGGGAGGCGGCGUGCGCCUUCUUGCAGUCGGUGCUGGACGCGCGGCGCGCGGAGGAGGUGUGCGGGUCCGCGGCCGGGCGGUCCGUGCCGGCUGCCGCCGGCAGCGGGACCCCGCGCCUGCGCCUCACGCACGUGAACGAGGAGGAGCAGCCGGCGGAGGUGCCUGCCGACGCCCCGCUCCUGGCAGCGAUGGGGCCCCUGGUUUUGAGGUAUGUGGCUGUGCUCAACAUGCCGGCCGGCACGCCACCGGACCAGCUGGCGGUGCUGAUGGAGGUCGUGCCCCAGCACAGUACGCACAGCGCGGGCGGGAGGACGUGGCCCCUGCGUGCACUGUCCCCGGGCGCCGCCGUGACGGCCGUGCUGGCCCGGGAGGCAGAGCGCGGCUCUGGCAGGGGGGCCGUGCCGGAGGAGACCCCGGUCGUUCUGGCCGCCGAGCACCACAGCCGGCAGUCGCGGGAUUGGUACGCCAUCACGGCCGCCAUCGAUUUCGUGGCCUUCAUCUACGUGGCCCUCUUCUACAACAAGGUCGUGGCCUCCGCCCGCAGCCUCUCAGAGAUCACAAACGAGCAUGUGGUGCCGCUGGGCUACCUGGUCACCCUCAUCACCCUCUUCAUGCUCAUCGUGCUGGACCGCCUCUUCUACACCGUCGGGAGUCCGCUGGGCAAGGCCAUGCUCCACUGCACGCAAAUGGCCGUCUUCUUCUCAUACUGCCUGUCCCUCUUCUGGUCACCUGCCACAUCUGGCAGGGCGCAUGCUCACCUGCGCACGCUCGUGGCCCUCAAGUGCAUUUCUUUUGCCAUGUCGGCGCUGCAGCUUCGCACCGGCUACCCCCCGCCCGCCAGCUACAGGAACGGGAUGGGCCGGCACACCUUUGUCUUCAUGCGGCGGAUCAACAUCUACAGCUCCGCCGCCUUCCAGGUCUUUGUCGCCUUGCCCUUUGUGUAUGAGCUCAGGCAACUGCUGGACUGGUCCUGCACCCCCACCACCCUCACUUUCAUGGACUGGCUGAAGCUGGAGGACAUCAACAUGAGCCUGUACUUUGUGACGGUGCUCCGCCGCUCCCGGGCUGCAAAACCGCCCGGGCAGCGCCAGCCCCGCUACUCCAAGUUCUUCCAGGGCACGCUGCUCUUCGUCGGCCUGCUGCUCCUGCUCUGGGUGCCGCUGCUGGUCUUCUCCUCGGGCAACCCGACCUACCAGGUCCCCGCCGCCGUGGGCUUUGGCGUCAACGUGACCCUGGUCGGCAAGCCCGUGCCGGGGGCGAAUGCGAAGCACCGCACCAGCACCCGCAGCUUCCCUCUCUUCGCCGCGGGCGACCGGCGAGUGGCCGGGGAGUGGGGUGGCGACCAGGCCAUGCUAGGGCCGGGCAUGACCUACUACGAGGCCUCCCAGUUCCAGCUCCUCUGCGCCUCGCCGGAUGCCGACGCGUACUGGCAGCUGCCGGCCCCUGGCCGGCGGUCCCUUAUCAACAUGCUGUCUGACAACGGGACCCAGGCCCAGCUCAGCUUUGGUUGGACGGUGCAGCGUGACGUGCCGCCCCUCUCCGACCACGGCGGCCCCCUCUGCGUGGGCUCCACCUCCGUGACCCUGGCGGAGUCGUCGCGGCAAGGACUCCUGGCCCUCCUACGGGGCGGCCCGAGCGACCCCGUUCCGCUGCUGCGCAGGAACGACCCCGGCGCAGGGGAGGGUCCCGGCGCCAGCGCCGCGCUCUACCCCCGCUUCUGGCACAUGCGGGGCGACGUCUGCUCCAGCCAGCCCCUGGCCUCCAACGUCGACGGGAUGCCCGGGUCGCAGGGCUGGGACGACCAGUGGGUGGCUUGCAACGUCAGCCUGGGACGAGAGCGGGAGGGCGAGGGCAUGGGCGGCGCGGCCUGGUGGCGCUUCGACUGCGGGCUGGUGGACGCGGGGGGCGCGCCCUUUGCGGAGCACGACGCCCACCACUGCUCCAAGUCCUUCCUGGGGCCCCAGCUGGUGUCGGUCCUGGAUCGUGUGCAGGGCGGGUUCAUCGGACAGACCCUCUCCAAAUUCGGCAUUGCAGGGCUGUACACCGUGUUCGUGUACGGCAUCGGGCGCUUCCUGCGCCUGUCCAUGACCAACAUCCGCAUGCGAAUACCGUACGAGGACCUGCCCAACACCCGGCGCCUCGUUGCCCUCUGCCAGGACAUCUACAUUGCAAGGGCGGAGGGGGAGCUCGGCCUGGAGGAGGAGCUGUACUGGGCGCUCAUUAACAUCUACCGCCUGCCGUCAGUGAUGUUCGAGCUGACAAAACGGGAAAAACUAGAGUGA